AUGGCUCUGCGUAUCAGCUAUAACACUUGUCGAAAUCAUUAUAAUCCAUUCAUCUAUUGCUGGCUCAACGAGAAUUUCAAGCGACGCCUCAAAACACUUGUCAUUUGUUUUACGGUCUCCACGAACGACGACAACUCCCGACCCCUCGACUCAAGUGUGCGCUCAUACGGCACGAGGAGUACCCAUUUGGCCAGAAAUAAUAGCACCGGUAGUGUCACACAAACGGUUUGUAUGUCCACAAAAGCUAACGACAAUACAGAAACUAUUUUAUAAGUCUCUCUCUCUCUCUCUCGCUCUCUCGCUCUCUCACUCUCUCUCUCUCGCUCUCUCGCUCUCUCUCACUCUCUCACUCUC